AUGGCCUCUCCUGAUCUCGCUGCUACUUACGCCGCUCUGAUCCUCGCUGAUGAGGGUCUCGAGAUUUCGAGCGACAAGAUCGUUGAGCUCACCAACGCCGCUGGUGUGCCGGUUGAGCCUAUCUGGGCCCAGCUGCUCGCCAAGGCUCUUGAGGGCAAGGACAUCAAGGACAUGCUGACCAACGUCGGUGCCGCUGGCCCGGCCGUUUCCGUUGCCCCGGCUGCCGGUGGUGCCGCUGCUGCUGGCGGUGCCGCUGAGGAGGCCGCCGAGGAGAAGAAGGAAGAGGAGAAGGAGGAGUCCGAUGACGACAUGGGCUUUGGUCUGUUCGACUAG